UUGGCCUAGAGUCCACGUGACAUCCAUGCGGGUGUGUUGUUUUCGUUAACGUUCCACUCUUAAGCCCAUAAAACAGUCGUGCGAUUGUUAUAGCUAUUAUGAUACUAAUAUGGAAAUUGUUCAUUUAUCUGUCGACACCAUGUUUUGUUUGCGUUGCGUGCAUGCAAUUCAUUUUUCUCGUUCUUCUAAAUUGGAUUUCACCAAGUUUGACCAAGAAACUUCUGUUGAACAUGGGUCGAAAGUCAUUUAUGACCCAGAACCCAAAGUUCAAAUAUGAAGAUUGGGGACCGACUUUUAUGUCACUGAAUUUUAUCAAAACCGUAAUUGGGUACAUUUGGACUAAUCUUGGUCAAGAAGCUUUUGUGGGUAACAAAGCUCCCGACUCACCAGUAGUUACAUUAGACGGCACGACGACUAGUAUCUACAACUAUUUGAAAGACAACAGACCACUGGUGUUGAGUUUUGGAAGUUGUACCUGACCCCCGUUCAUGUACAAACUUGACGAGUUCAAGCAACUCGUCAAGGACUUCAGUUAUGCGGCAGAUUUCCUGGUGGUGUACAUCGCUGAGGCGCAUUCAACAGAUGGGUGGGUUUUUGCCAACAACAUCGACAUUAAAAAACACCAAAACCUGGGUGAUCGCCUAGCAGCAGCACGGGUCCUGGUUGAAGAAGACCCCCUGUGCCCCGUCGUCGUGGACGAAAUGAGUGACCGCACAACGACUAAAUAUGGUGCUGUUCCUGAGAGGCUGUAUGUGCUGCAAGCAGGAAAGGUCAUUUAUAAGGGAAAGAAGGGUCCUUAUGGCUACUGUCCCGCGGAAGUGCGCUCUUUAUUGGAGAAGAUUAAGUAGGAGGAGCUACGAUGGAAUUCUGUAACUGAAACUACUUCUAAAAUUCCCAGUUUGUUAUUUUAUCCAAUCCCAUGACCAAAUUGUUUAUGGCUGAUUAAGCUUUAGGGUUUCAGACAUCCUCAAUGUUUCUGAGUAUAUAUACAGAUAAAAAAGAACAGAGAGAAAGCCUCCAAUCAAUGUGGGUGUUUUGAUCAAACAAAGAAUUAAAGUAGGAUCUUAAUUAACAUACUUUUUUUUGCCCAGUUUGACAUUCACUUUAGAUUUAUAACAUUGCUGUGAAUUAAUUGUACAAUGUCAAAACUUGGAAUGUGAAAAUCAGUCUGUCAUAUCAGCUGGCUUAUCUAGAAUUCGCGGUGCUAGAUAUUUUACAGAACAUGAAACAUUUGUCAAUUGUAUCCCCAUUUAAUGUGCAGUAGCUUUUCAGUGAAUCUGUUUCCUGUGUGUGACCAUUAUCUUGAUAAUUUGUCAAUGAAUGUUCAAAAGUUACAUUGACAUGAAACUGCUUUUUGUAUGAAGGUUACAGUGCAAACCUCUGGUCACUGUAAUCGGAGGAAUCAAAAGUAGUUUGUUUUUGUUACUUAACUUAUGAGCAUUUAAUAUUUCUUGUGAUGUUGUGGAUUCUGGCAAUUGGUAUCAGUACUUUUGUAGUAGCUUGAAGCAACAGUCCAAGAUCGCUAGCACAAUAAAUUGGAUUUGUUACAUAUAAUACAAAUGUUUCCUAUAGAAUGUACCACAUCAUUUAAGAUCUGAAGUAUCAAUUUGUGUUAUUGAGACAUGACUGCUCAGAAAGUAGCGAUGAUUGACUGUUGUGUAGCUAGCAGAAGAGACUUUAGUUUAUUAUUGUUCCAAAUGGUCCAUAAUUCCCUACACAUUGAACUCUCACCUGGCUACAUUAGUUUCACCAAGUCAGGCUACUCCAGCAACAGGCGCUUUAAUACAAUUAGAUUAGAACUGAACCAGUGCAUGCAAGUUCACAAUGAUCCCAGUAUUCUACACUAAAGAAACAAAUAUUAUUGUCAAAAAUAGCUGUAAUAUUAUUGAAAAUUGUAUUGUUUACUGUUCUAAACACAUUGGUCACCUGUUUCUAAUAUGGUAAUAAAAUAUUGUGCCUGGCUGGUGCAGUCAAAUCAUGUUAUAUGCAACCACUGGUAUUUUCAAUGUAGUCAGCCUGGAAGGUGACCAAGACCACAUAAACAGAACAAAUAGAGCUGGAACAUUGGCCCAGACAUGUCCACGAAAUUUAUAAGAGAAGUAAUUAUCCGUGGAGUUCAGUACAUCCCAAUCAAAGCCUCAGCUUGUCAUAUGAACACACACAAAUAAAAAGAAACGCCAAUGAGCCCUGCAAACAAAAAUCUAACAGACUUCAAACCAGAGGCAUCUAAAAUCAUGAUGUAUGCCAACUACUGGGAAACUGUUAACACAAAUGUUUAGUGUUGCUACAACUUUCCAAACAAAGUUGGCCUGAAGCAUUGAGAAAAAGCUUAGUUGGGCUCGUCCCCAACCAGGCCACAUCCCGUUCUAUGGAUGCGUUCCAAAUGGCACCUAUGCUUUAGGGUCCGCUCUUUUGACCACAGACAGGGACUCGGUGAAAAGGAAUGUAACACAAAGAAAAAUGAUCUGGAAUACAAAUAAAAAAGGCUGAGGCAGGUGUUUUAAUUUCAUUGUCACUCCAGAUCCAGGCAAAUAUGUAUCACUGACCACAGUAUCAAGCUUUUUCAAUGCCCAUCCCAUUUAAAAGCUGUGGGGUGAGCUGAAGCAGAGGCCACAAGCGAGGACUAAGUACACCAAAGGAUGUGGAGAGAUUGUGUGGUUGAAUGGUCUCACCCACCCCAUUAAACAAUAUAGAACAAGACUUGGUUGUGUAACCUUGGCAAGGGGAAUGUAAACAAAGUAGAUCAUACAGGGGUGUCAAUAAAUAUAAUCGGUUUUUGAGGAGAAUAUAAUUUAAUAAAUACAUUUUUUGUUUGAACAAUUUCAGCUGAAUUAAAAGGUUAAAUGUCCAAGAUCAAGCCAAUAAACAUAAUUUUGUCAUCGC